UCACCGGCGGUAUGUAUCCGACUUCACCGGCCGCUUGUGGGCAGGCUGGACACGCCGCACUAUACAUAUACUGUGUCCGUGAACUGCGUGUCAUCGCCACCAGCGCAAGGGCUCUUGCGAAAGAAGCGGAACAAGAGGCCGCGAAAGCAUCGCAGCACCGUAUGAAGUGCGAAGCAGACCGCGAAGACAGCAGACGACCUGCAAGGCAAGGAACGGCAGAAGCGAACGUCAGACGACUCGCGGGAAAAUUAAGGCCGCGAGAAAAGCACGAGCUGAUAGCUAGCCCCAUGGUAUCGACAUGGUGAAGAAGCAAAGCUCCGACAAAUAGAAGAACGGAAUGUGUCAAGGGCUGCAGGGCAAAGGCACGCUGCUGUGGUGACAUUGGGUGCUUGCGAAUUGAAGUUGCUGUGUGUGAGAAAGUGUACGUAGAACGUGGAGCAUGAUGCAGAUGCAUACAGUUUCAUGCACGGAAUUGCUGAUAUUCUUUUUUCUCGACGCAUUGCUACUUCUCAGCAGCGGCAACUGCUAUAGCGCAAGGAAGGAGGAAGAAAUAUUGAACGCGGACGUCUUCACUUUGUAGAAGAAGAAGAUCAAGCGGGGUGAGCGGGGCUGUCCGUCGGCUUUUAUCGCUGUCGCAGGCUUCGUCAUGGGAGGUAGCUGCUAUCAGUUCCUGCACUUCAGAGACCGACCCAGCAUCCAGACGAUGGCGAGCGUCUGUUUUGCAAUGAACAGCAUUCAUCUCGUCGCGGUGCUGUACGCCGCCAUGAGCGCUGAUGACGCCAUCGUCAUGCUCAAGCUGAACGGCAUUGAAUCGACAGUGACGGAGCUUCACAUCGCAGGGGGAUCACGCUUUGUCCUUUAUUACAUAACAAUAUUUGCUGACUUAUUUCUCAUCAUCGGCAUCGAAGAUAACUGCCGGCUGGGCAUGUUGACCUUCAUAUGGUGGAACUCGUUUCGCAUUUUCCUGGAAGUCCUUACCAUCGUGGGCGUGGGAUUAUGGAAAGGCACCAGUGAAAAUGGCUUCUUCACUCGUCGGGUGUUCCACUACAGCUCGCUGGUGCGUCCCAGCGUGCGCAUGCAUGCGCACGGCGAGAUGAUGCCCAGCAACAUGGCCCUGGUCGAGCCGGGACCCACUCCAGGCCAGGUGGGAGUUAAGGAGGGCGAUGAGGAGUCGACCGAGACGAAGACCGCGCACAGGACGACCGAGAGCCGCAACGUGACCGACAGCACCAAGCGAGAGCCCAGCCCGAACAGUGGCGAGGAGUCCUCCGCUAUCAAGAAGAGUCCUCCACAAUGAGGCCGCAAGACCAAACAUAAAAGACGUCAGUCGCGCUGCUUC